UAUCAUGGUGCGGUAAUACCAAACGGCCACCGCAAAGUACAGAACACCCGAAAUCUUCGCUCUGGCAGCUGUGCCCGGUGCUAAUCAUACCAGUUGUGCAAACAUGCAGAUCUUUGUGAAGACCCUUACUGGAAAGACCCUCACGCUCAAGGUUGAGUUCACUGACACCAUUGAUAAUGUCAAGGCCAAAAUCCUAGAUAAGGAGGGCAUUCCAACUGACCAGCAGAGACUGAUCUUUGCUGGCAAGCAACUGGAGGAUGAUUGCACCCUUUCAGACUACAACAUCCAGAAGGAGUCCACCCUCCAUCAUGUCCUGCGCCUGAGAGGCGGCAUGCAAAUCUUUGUGAAAACACUCACAGGAAAAACAAUUACACUGGAGGUUGAGGCCAGUGACACCGUUGAGAAUGUGAAGACCAAAAUUCAAGACAAGGAAGGCAUUCCUCCUGACCAGCAGAGGCUGAUCUUUGCUGGUAAGCAACUGGAAGAUGGCCGCACCCUCUCUGACUACAACAUCCAGAAGGAGGCUACCCUCCAUCUUGUCCUGCGUCUCAGAGGUGGAAUGCAGAUCUUUGUGAAGACCCUCACUGGCAAGACCAUCACCCUUGAAGUUGAGGCCAGUGACACCGUUGAGAAUGUGAAGGCUAAAAUCCAAGACAAGGAAGGCAUUCCUCCUGACCAACAAAGGCUGAUCUUUGCUGGUAAGCAACUGGAAGAUGGCCGCACCCUCUCUGACUACAACAUCCAGAAGGAGUCCACCCUUCAUCUUGUCCUGCGUCUGAGGGGUGGCAUGCAGAUCUUUGUGAAGACUCUUACGGGCAAGACAAUCACCCUGGAGGUUGAGGCCGUUGACACCGUUGAGAAUGUGAAAGCUAAAAUUCAGGACAAGGAAGGAAUUCCUCCUGACCAGCAGAGGCUGAUCUUCGCUGGUAAGCAACUGGAAGAUGGCCGCACCCUCUCUGACUACAACAUCCAGAAGGAGGCUACCCUCCAUCUUGUCCUCCGUCUGAGGGGUGGCAUGCAGAUCUUUGUAAAGACCCUCACUGGCAAGACCAUCACCCUUGAAGUUGAGGCCAGUGACACUGUUGAAAAUGUGAAGGCCAAAAUCCAAGACAAGGAAGGCAUUCCUCCUGACCAGCAGAGGCUGAUCUUUGCUGGUAAGCAACUGGAAGAUGGCCGCACCCUCUCUGACUACAACAUCCAGAAGGAAGCUACCCUCCAUCUUGUCCUGCGUCUGAGGGGUGGUAUGCAGAUCUUUGUGAAGACCCUCACUGGCAAGACCAUUACCCUUGAAGUUGAGGCCAGUGACACUGUUGAAAACGUGAAGGCCAAAAUUCAGGACAAGGAAGGAAUUCCUCCUGACCAGCAGAGGCUGAUCUUUGCUGGUAAGCAACUGGAAGAUGGCCGCUCCCUCUCUGACUACAACAUCCAGAAGGAAGCUACCCUUCAUCUUGUCCUGCGUCUGAGGGGUGGUAUGCAGAUCUUUGUGAAGACCCUCACUGGCAAGACCAUCACCCUUGAAGUUGAGGCCAGUGACACUGUUGAGAAUGUGAAGGCCAAAAUCCAAGACAAGGAAGGCAUUCCUCCUGACCAGCAGAGGCUGAUCUUUGCUGGUAAGCAACUGGAAGAUGGCCGCACCCUCUCUGACUACAACAUCCAGAAGGAGGCUACCCUCCAUCUUGUCCUGCGUCUGAGGGGUGGUAUGCAGAUCUUUGUAAAGACCCUCACUGGCAAGACCAUCACCCUUGAAGUUGAGGCCAGUGACACUGUUGAAAACGUGAAGGCCAAAAUCCAAGACAAGGAAGGAAUUCCUCCUGACCAGCAGAGGCUGAUCUUUGCUGGGAAGCAACUGGAAGAUGGCCGCACCCUCUCUGACUACAACAUCCAGAAGGAGGCUACCCUUCAUCUUGUCCUGCGUCUGAGGGGCGGUAUGCAGAUCUUUGUGAAGACCCUCACUGGCAAGACCAUCACCCUAGAAGUUGAGGCCAGUGACACUGUUGAAAACGUGAAGGCCAAAAUUCAGGACAAGGAAGGAAUUCCUCCUGACCAGCAGAGGCUGAUCUUUGCUGGGAAGCAACUGGAAGAUGGCCGCUCCCUCUCUGACUACAACAUCCAGAAGGAGGCUACCCUUCAUCUUGUCCUGCGUCUGAGGGGUGGAAUGCAGAUCUUUGUGAAGACCCUCACCGGUAAGACCAUCACCCUAGAAGUUGAGGCCAGUGACACUGUUGAGAAUGUGAAGGCCAAAAUCCAGGACAAGGAAGGAAUUCCUCCUGACCAGCAGAGGCUGAUCUUUGCUGGUAAGCAACUGGAAGAUGGCCGCACCCUCUCUGACUACAACAUCCAGAAGGAGGCUACCCUUCAUCUUGUCCUGCGUCUGAGGGGUGGUAUGCAGAUCUUUGUGAAGACCCUCACUGGCAAGACCAUCACCCUUGAAGUUGAGGCCAGUGACACUGUUGAGAACGUGAAGGCCAAAAUUCAGGACAAGGAAGGCAUUCCUCCUGACCAGCAGAGGCUGAUCUUUGCUGGUAAGCAACUGGAAGAUGGCCGCACCCUCUCUGACUACAACAUCCAGAAGGAAGCUACCCUCCAUCUUGUCCUGCGUCUGAGGGGUGGCAUGCAGAUCUUUGUGAAGACCCUAAGUGGCAAGACCAUCACCCUUGAAGUUGAAUCCAGUGAUACGGUUGAGAAUGUGAAGACCAAAAUCCAGGACAAAGAAGGAAUUCCCCCCGACCAACAGAGGCUGAUCUUUGCUGGUAAGCAACUGGAAGAUGGCCGCACCCUGUCUGACUACAACAUCCAGAAGGAGUCCACUCUCCAUCUUGUGCUGCGUCUGAGAGGUGGGCAGUAGAAUAUCUCAGGAGUCCAUGCUUAAACCUCUCAAGCAAAUGUGUUCUGUAUGACUUGCUUGAUGUGCCUGAAUAAAUGACCAAAC